AUGUCACCGUCCAACUUCGAAUGGCGUUCACAUGAGCACUACUUCCUCCCUCACCAUGCGGUCUUGAGGACCCCUGAGAGUAAGAUUCGGGUAGUCUUUGACGGUUCCGCCCCCACAUCAAACGGUGUGUCCCUGAAUCAGUGUCUUCACUCGGGUCCUAAACUGAUCAAGGACAUAUCCGACAUCCUGACCCAAUUCCGUCGACACCAAGUGGUUUUUGUCGCGGACAUUCGGAUGAUGUUUCGCCAAUCGGUGGUACAUCGUGAUGACCGCCGAUAUCAGCUGAUAUUGUGGCGCGAGAAGCCCAGCGAUCCCAUACAGGUAUUUGAGUUGAACACCACCACAUAUGGACUCCGGUCCAGCCCGUAUAUCGCCAUGCGAACCCUCCUUGAACUCGCUGAGAGAGAGCGCCUGAGAUACGCUCGGGGAGCUUCUAUCUUGGAGACUUCGGUCUACAUGGACGACAUUUGUACGGGCGCUUCCACCGUCGAGGAGGCUCUGGUCUUGCGAGACGAAUUAAUUGCCAUCCUGAAGUCUGGAGGCUAUGAGUUGCGCAAGUGGUUGUCGAACUCCCCACACAUUUUGAGGGACCUCCCAGGAGAGGAUCAACAAGACCCUCAUCUGUUCGAGCACCCUGAGAAUCCUAAUUUGUUGACUGUGCUGGGCAUUCAAUAUCAGCCUGUUCAGGACACCUUCACGUAUAGAGUAAAACUUGACCCACCUCCCAAAGCAUGGACCAAGCGCUCCGUGCUGUCUACAGUAGCUCGCACCUUCGACCCGAAUGGAUGGAUCACCCCGGUCAUCUUUUUGGCUAAGUGCUUUCUUCAAAAGCUCUGGAUGUCCGGGUUGGGUUGGGACGAGCCUAUUAGCGGGGUCCUCUUGCGAGAGUGGCUCUCCAUGCUCUCCUCCCUUCCGGACAUCAACCGGGUUUCCAUGCCAAGGUGCUUCCUACCUCCAGGGAAAUGCAGGGCUACCCUACAUGGGUUUUGCGACGCCUCUGAGAAGGGCUAUGCUGCUGUCGUAUAUUUGCGGACUGUGAGUUCCUCUGGGCAUACUGCAGUUCAUCUCGUACUCGCCAAAAGCAAGGUUGCCCCCAUUAGAUCCCGUUUAACUAUCCCUAAAUUGGAACUGUCCGGAGCCGCUCUUCUCACGCGGCUCCUCAACCACGUUCACUCGUCCUUGAAGCCUGUAAUCGACAUUACGGACGUCUACGCAUGGUCGGACAGUGAGAUAGUACUUUGUUGGCUCCGAGCCGCACCUCACAAUCUUGAGGUCUUUGUGGUGAACCGCGUGUCUCAAAUCCAGAGUUCUGAGACUUCUCUCCACUGGAGACAUGUCCCCGGGGAGUUGAAUCCCGCCGACUGCGCUUCCCGCGGCUGUGAGGCCCCCGCGCUUGUUGCCCACUCAUUGUGGUGGGGUCCCGGUUAG